AUGGAAGAUCCAGUAACAAGAUUUUAUAAAUGCAGAAAAACUUGUUGUGAAAUGCUUGAAGAUAGAGGAUAUGUUAUAACACCAAGAGAAAAGCUUGAGAAUUUUACAGCUUUUAAAGAAAUUUUUGAAGAAAAUGAGAAAUUACGAUCUAGGAUGACCAUUAUUACUAGUCAUAAGAAUGAUUCUAAUAAUAAGAUUAUAGUUUAUUUUGCUGACGAAAUUAAAAAAACAGGAGUAAAACCCUUAAGAGAAUUAACUGAAAAAAUGGAUGAAAAAUCUAUUCAAAGAGCAAUUCUUAUCACACAAAAUACAUUAACACCAUUUGCUAGAGAUGCAAUUAAAGAGGCCGCACCAAGACAUAUUAUAGAAAAUUUUUUAGAUACAGAAUUAUUAGUUAACAUAACAAAACAUGAAUUAGUUCCAAAGCAUAUUCCUUUAUCUAGUGAAGAAAAAAGGAAUUUAUUACAAAGAUAUAAAAUUAAAGAGAACAAACUACCAAGAAUUCAGGAUGUAGACCCUGUAUGCCGAUAUUUUGGUUUAUCAAAAGGACAAGUUGUUAAAAUAAUUAGACCGAGUGAAACCGCAGGAAGAUAUGUAACAUAUAGACUCGUGGUUUAA